CAGGAUGGAAUGGAUUACCAGCAUUAAUGCAACUCAGUCUGCUAGACUGCUGACAAAAGGAGAAUGUCCACCUAUGACACACACUUUGUCAGCUGCAGGAGUUGUCUAACAGAUUCAGGAGGGAAAAUAGACCGAUGCAGGAGCAGAGAACUGAUGUCCCCUCAUGUCUUUCAAACUCCCUCAUGAACACACAGUCCAAAUAAAAAUGAUUGAUACGUACAAGUGAUGACAGCAGUUUAUUGGCUCUUGAUUGCAUCAUAAUCUCCUCACAGAAUAAAAGGCCUUCACUAAUACGACUCAUCAGCUGACAGAACACAACGAGGACAGACGAGUGCAGACGAGAACUGAAGCAUGAAUCUACAAGUACCCAAACCUGAAGCAAAGACCGGCGGUAAAGCUCCUCUCCGAGCCACGGCRCCUGGUUCUCCACACAAGGGCCCCCCGAAGUUCAAACAGAGGAACACCCGUCAGUUCAAGAGCAAGCCUCCUAAGAGGGGGGUCAUUGGUUUUGGAGAGGAAAUCCCAGGAAUGGAAGGACUGGGUAUUGACAUCACAGUGAUCUGCCCCUGGGAAGCAUACAGCCAUCUAGAGCUCCAUGAGCUCGCUCAGUAUGGCAUCAUUUAAACCUCCUUAUUGUGAAUCUUUUUUUUUUGUAUUCAAAGGUAAAUAAAUGUAAAGCAGUAACCAACUCAGGCCACUUCUAUGGCAAAGAGCUCACUAAAAUGAUCAAUAAUCUAAAUACAUGUCAGCAUGUUGUGGAUGGUGUCAUUGGUCAAUAUGUAGGAUAUUUUGUUUGGUAAAUCUAUUUUCAUGAYUCUUAAGCUGCCAUUUUCAUGUUCAUGAACUCACGCUGAAUGUGUGUUACUGCCGGAGGCUGCAGAGGGAGCUGGAACUAAAGAUUUGGCCAGCAGGAGAUUCUGCAUAACUCUGUGUUUUUUAUAUUUAAAAAAAAUCUGAAUAAAGAUUUGAAUUUUUAAAAA